CAUUUUCGUUUCAGGAAUACAUCACGGGCUUGCUAGUAGCACUAUGCAGCACAUUUCAUGUGCACUAGCAUUGCAUGAACAGUAGCUUGUGUCAGCUUGAGGGUUUGAAGACGCUGCUUUUGCAGGAGGUAGAAAGCAGAGCAUGACGCCAUGAGCUGAGCGCCGAAACGUUUGAGAUCAAAGGCACCGCAGUUGAGAUCAAAGGCACCGAACGCCGCGGUUACAUCUGUUGCCAUGCAGCAGUCAGAGAGCGGCCGAGGGGCGGCGACUUCUGAAGUCCAGCUCAACAACCAACCCAACGCGCUCAUCGCGUGUAAAGUGCCAGAAGAGGUUUUUAAUGAGCAGCAGUUAAAGGAGCAGUUCGAGGCUUUGUUCCGUGCGUUUGAUCCCAGCACGUCAUUCCAGUUCUUCAAAAGCUUCAGACGGGUUCGGAUCAACUUCACCGAUGCGUUGGCGGCAGCCGAGGCUCGAGUCAAACUCCAUAAGAGCGACUUCAAUGGAAAGGAGAUGCGUCUGUAUUUCGCUCAGUCAGUACAUAUUGGCAGUCCUCGUCUUGAGCCUCCUAAACCAGAGAAGCAGUUCCUCAUCUCUCCUCCAGCGUCGCCCCCUGUAGGCUGGGCACAGUCGCAGGAUGCUAAGCCCGUCGUCAACUAUGACCUGCUGUGUGCUGUGUCUAAACUAGGACCAGGAGAACAAUACGAGCUCCACACUGGAACCACCAACACGCCCAGUGUGAUCGUACACGUUUGUGAGGACGACAGCUCCGAAGGCGAAGACGAGACAGCAGAGGGCGGCAAACGCACGCGACCCAAGAUCAUCCAGACCCGCCGCCCGGACUACGUCCCGUCCGUCAACCAGUGAGCGGCUAAUUCUGGGCCGUUUCAUCUUCGCAACCAACACUGGGAUAACUAGGAAGCAUGCGGUCAUGCAGUUCAUCAUCCUCGCCACCGGGGAGGCCGGCGAGCGUCAGAUCCUCUUCCUAGUUAGCGAGGGAGUAGACCAUCCUCAUAUCUCGCGUUUCAUUUCUUAACAUCCAUCUCUGAUGGAGUCAGGGACUUUGAGGACUUGGGAGAGUUCCUCUCAUCUUACGAAUGUCAUUAUUUGCUUGACGUCACAACUGUGUAUUUUAAUAAUCCGAUAGAAAAGCGGCAGUAAAAUCUGAAGGAGUUUUCACAAACAAACUGAACAUCGUGUCUGAAGUGUAUAUCGUUGGGGGCCACUAACAUGUACUCAUCGUCAUUAUCAUGUAUCGUCUCUACGUUUAGUCAGUUAAGCACUCGUACAGUCUUUGAAAGUCAUUAUUAUUGUUGCUGAAGUUCUUCACGAGCUCCUCCAAGUAUUAUGCACUUUAAAAAUAGAGCCUUAUAAUGUGGUAAACUGACAACAACAUGAAGUACUUGUCUUUGUAUAUCGAGCGCAACUGCGAACGCCAACAUUUGGUAACGCAAGUGUUUUCCCGUUCAUUUUCUCCAUCUGUCACAAUAUUUGAUUUGAUGGAAGAAAAGUAUUUGAGAAUUGGAUUUAAAAAAAAGACACUUGUACUAAAUUGUGUACUUAUAAAAUUGAUUGUCGACUAUAAAUAAUUGGCUCUAAAAUGCUAGUUUCUUGUAAAAUGUACUCAACCAACUGUUUAAUUUAAAGAAAACACAAAUUUGAAGUGAUAUAAAUAGUUGGCUGUAAGUAUAAAUAAAAUAAUAAAAUUAAUUAAAACGUAUGAUUUAUGUAUUUGGUUCAGAAUUUUUUUUACUGCUAGUAAAUUGCACAAAGAAACGGCAAGUAACUGAAUUAAAUGUGAAAUUUAUAAGUAGAAAAACUAAAAUAAAAUAGUCUCUUUCAUUUUCUUACUGUCAUUUUAGAAGUUUUUCUUAUAAAAUGUACUUAAAAUCAUUUCUUUUAUUUACAGCAUUUUACAGUUACAUAAUUGCCUGUAUGUAUAAACUAAAAAAAAGUAUUGACUAUAAAUAAUUGGAUGCAUGUAUCAAAAAAAAAAAAAAAAAAAGACUGUACAUAAAAAAAAUAAAAAAAAAUAAAAUAAAAAAAAUUGGUGUAGAAAGAAUUUCCAUUCAGAAAUUGCUAGUAAAUUUCACAGUUGCAAAGAAACUACAAGUGACUAUAUAUAUAUAUAUAUAUAUAUAUAUAUAUAUAUAUAUAUAUUAUUGUUUUUUUUUCACAUUAUAUUAAACAUGAAAUUUUGAAGUAGAAAAACUAAAGUAAAAGUCAUUUGCAGUGCAUCAUGGGAGUGAAUAGUUGCUUUUAACCUGUUUUGUUAUGAUUCCCAUUUCCAUCUUAACAGCGGCUUUUUUCAGAUUGGUGAAUCUCUGUCCAUCUACUGCGGAAUCCAGCAAUCAAACUGAAUUAUUAAAAAAAUAAAAAUAAACCCACAGAAGCACAUAUGUUCUCUUAACAAGCCUAAUCAAUCAGUAUGGAGAAAAUGAUUGUGAUUUCUCUGGCAGACGUCCAAUGUUGCGCUCUGUGACUUGUUCAAUGAACCGCUCUGUUGUGCUCUACUGUCUUUGGAGAUGUUGUCCUCUUUUCCAUUACUGUAGGAGACGUUCUACUGUCAACCAGUGAUUUUAAGCAACUAUAACAUACUGUGUAUAUUUGAUGUAUUUGAAUGUAGCCAAUAUCUUGAAAAAGCUUGAGGAUUUCUAUCAACAACAACAACAACAAAAUAAUUUUAUUCGUUAGGUAGCAAGAAUAUGGAGGAAGCAUUAACCUACCUUUAAUAAAACUAUCUUGACC